AUGAAAUCUAUGGGGCCAUUUCCUGCUGGCUUGGUUCUGCAUUCUUAUAUGGGUUCUGCAGAGAUGGUUCCCGAGCUUUCAAAAGCUGGUGCUUACUUCUUCUUUUCUGGGUUUCUCAUGUCCAUGAAAGAGAGCAAGGCAAAGAAAAUGUUGAAAUCCAUUCCUCCUGUAAGGAUUUUGUUGGAGACAGAUGCACCAGAUGCUCUACCAAAAGCAAGUGAUUCAGAUUCACUCUUCUUGAUUGAUAGGGAAGUUUCUGUUGCUGAAGAGCUUCUUGAUUGUGGGGAAAAUUCGCUGACAAAAAAGGAGGGCACCUCUGAUAAUACAUGCCAUGAUGAAAGUGGUGCAUCAGAACCGCCUGAAGAAAACCUCAACCAUCCAGCUAAUAUUCAUCAUGUACUUGCCUACAUGGCAAAUUUACUUGAAAUGACUAUAGAAGAACUUGCUGGUGUGACCUACCAGAACGCAGUGAGGCUAUUCUCUUAUGAGGGUUCAAGUUACUUAAAGAAGGUAAUUUAG